AUGGCAUCGUAUACAGACGACGAUUAUGAUUACUUGUAUAAGGUAGUUUUAAUCGGCGAUUCAGGUGUAGGUAAAUCUAACCUUUUGUCACGUUUCUCCAAGAAUGAAUUCAGCCUUGAUUCCAAGUCCACGAUUGGGGUCGAAUUCGCGACUCGUAGCAUCCGUGUUGAAGACAAAACUAUCAAGGGGCAAAUAUGGGACACUGCUGGACAAGAAAGAUACCGAGCCAUCACGAGUGCUUACUAUAGAGGAACAGUGGGUGCACUGAUCGUAUACGACAUUACCCGAAAGGUAACAUUUGAUAACAUCGAGCGAUGGUUAAAGGAACUCCGAGAACACACAGACCAAAACAUUGUCAUCAUGCUCGUAGGAAACAAGGCCGAUCUCGGACACUUAAGGGCUGUGACAACAGAUGAGGCCAAGGCUUUUUCCGAAAGAGAGAACGUCUUCUUCAUGGAAACAUCAGCUCUCGAGUCACUGAACGUUGAGAAAGCUUUCACCGAAGUGCUUACCCAGAUUUAUCGUGUUAUGAGCCGGAAGGCCCUUGGCAUCGCUAACGAGCCAUCGGUUGUACUUAAAGGGCAGACAAUAAAUAUUGGCGAUAAAGAUGACGUGUCUGCUGUGAAGAAAGCCAAGUGUUGCUCUAGGUAAUAUAUAUAAAAACACAUCUACUCUCAAGAAAGCUAGGUGUUGCAAAGACUGAAAGAACAUAUCUUUAUAUCUAUUGAUCGAUGAUUUCGGGUGAAGAAUACUACGUUUUUGGGCACCUUGCCACCUUGUACAAUGAAUAGUAGGAAAUAUGUCGUUUGCGAUGCUAAAGAAGUGGCAAUAGAAUCUUAUUUAAGCACCUUUGAUCGAUUUUUGCCACAACAACAAUUUCGACGAACUUGGAAUCGCAAGAGAAAGAGUCAACGACGGAAACUACCGCAGUGUGUUUCUUUUUUGGGCGGAUUUUGCAACGCGACU